CACAUCAUUUCCAUACACAGACAUCAACGCGUCAAAGCGCACGGGUUGGACCUGUCAUAUAAUGGCUGUUCCACCCACCUAAGCGCCAGCCCCGGGCCUCAGACCUUUAGAUCGGAACAAAAACACGAAGGACGCGGCGGAGUGACUGACCACAUUUUCCGCUCCGACUGAGAGAAUGCGUUAUUUUGCCUUCGUGUGCUGUUGACAUCCCUGGCCAGCCCAGCGUGUUUUAUGCUAACAGGGGGGUCGACCAGAGACUGUUCUGGCAUUUCUGGUGAAGGGAAGGAGACGGAGCAUCAGCGCGCGGAGGAAAACAAGCCAAAAUCCGCAGCACUGCUGAGGAAGAGGAGCAGCCGGAGGCCCGUUAACGGUGUUUGGAGACUGCUUUCUCUCACACUUCACCAUGGUGUCUACAGUUCUUGCUGUGACGCUAUGUGUCACACUUCUGCAGAUGACUACAGGUGCAGCAUUUGUGACUCCUGAUCCUGAAGGUCCUCCCACCAUGACAUCUGACCCACGCCCGCUGGGUGAGUUGAUCCAUGCCGCAUUGAUGAGUAAGGAGUAUCUUGGCCAAUCGUCUAGCAACAUAGGCACAACCACCAACCCGACCCAGGCUGUCCCAUCUGUUGAACCUGCCUCCACAGUGAUGUCACCAGGUGUUCUUACCACUGCUGUGACCUCAUCUGCUGCCCCCCAAGCUGGCCAAUCAGGAGGGCGGGGUGCUGUGACAUCACCACCAGCUGAAGAGGAGACCACAACAACGCUGAUCACCACGACAACAAUAACAACAGUUCACACACCAGUGCAGUGUAAUGCUAGUCUGUCAGGGAUGGAGGGUAUAGUGGAGUCUCCAGACCCUCUGUCCUCAUCGACCCCUUUUUCUCCCCUGGAAUGCACCUAUAGCAUCACUGUGUAUCCGGGCUAUGGAGUGGAAAUACAGGUGAAGAAAAUGAACUUGUCCAAGGAGGAGUCCCUCACCAUCCUGGGACUCGGGGAGCCAGGGCCGGAACUACUAGCCAAUGAGACUAUGAUGAGCGAGGGUCAGGUGAUUCGCAGCUCAACCAAUCAGGUGCAAAUUCACUAUCGGAGCCUGAAGCAGACCAAUCAUGGUGUUUUCAGCCUUCACUACCAAGCUUUCCUCCUCUCCUGCUCAUUCCCUCUUUCUCCUGAGGGAGGAGGAGUGACCGUGACUGACAUUCACCCCGGCGGUCAGGCUCACUUUCACUGUGAUCCUGGUUUCCAGGUCAGAGGUCACGAGGUGGCCACCUGCCUGAACUCCACCCGACCCCGCUGGAGCACGACUGAGCCUCAGUGUGUGGCUGUGUCCUGUGGAGGAUGGAUCAGAAACGCUACUGUGGGCCGCAUCCUCUCUCCUACCGUCCCCUCCACCAGUAACCUCAGCAGUGGCAGCAACUUGAGCUGCCAUUGGCUGCUGGAGGCCAAAGAGGGCCACAGGCUCCACCUCCACUUUGAGAGAGUGGCUCUGGAUGAAGAUGAUGACAAACUGAUUGUCCGUGGUGGGAAUAACUCCAACUCUCCUCUCCUUUUCGACUCGGAUCUGGAUGACGUACCAGAGCGCGGGAUCGUGAGUGAUGGAUCAUCUCUCUAUCUGGAGCUAACGGCAGACUCUUCCUCUAUCCCUCUGCUGCUGGCACUCCGUUAUGAGGCUUUCGAUGGAGAGCACUGUUAUGAGCCCUACGUUCCUCAUGGAAAUUUCAGCAGCACUGACAUGACCUUCCCUCUCGGCACAACCGUAACCUUCUCCUGCUCUCCUGGCUUUGUCAUGGAGCAGGGGUCAGGAGUCAUGGAGUGUGUUGACCCCAGCGACCCCCACUGGAACGAGAGUGAGCCUGUGUGCAGAGCUCUAUGUGGAGGAGAGUUGACCGACGCGGCUGGGACAGUGCUGUCUCCUGAUUGGCCACAGAGCUACUCUAAGGGUCAGGACUGUGUGUGGCAGAUCCACGUCACCGAAGACAAGCGCAUUGAGCUGGACGUGCAGAUCCUCAACAUCCGUCAUAAUGACAUCCUGACCAUAUUUGAUGGGCAUGAUCUCAUGUCGCAUGUGAUUGGCCAAUAUGUGGGGUCACGGGAGAGGUUCCGGGUUGUUUCCGGUGGCUCAGAGGUCACUAUACAGUUUCAGAGUGAUCCUGACGAUUCCAGCUUCGCCCUCAGCCAAGGCUUUCUGAUUCACUAUCGAGAGGUGGAGCCUAAUGACACAUGUCCAACCCUCCCACCAAUUGAAUUUGGCUGGAGUAGCUCCUCUCACCCGUCUCUUGUGAGGGGCAGUGUGCUGACCUAUCAGUGUCAACCGGGCUAUGACAUUGUGGGCUCUGACAUCAUCACUUGCCAAUGGGAUCUUUCCUGGAGCAACGGGCCGCCUACCUGCGUGAAAAUCCAGCAGUGUCCUGACCCAGGGGAGGUGGUGAACGGGGCACGCUCAGUCCACCCAGAGUUGGGCUUUGCUGUAGGGACGGUGGUGCGCUUCACCUGUAACCAAGGCUACCAGCUGGAGGGUCCAAGCCAAAUCUCAUGCCAUGGCAGAGACACCGGGAUGCCCAAGUGGAGUGACCGCAGCCCUAAAUGUGUCUUGAAGUAUGAUCCAUGCCCUAAUCCUGGUGUGCCAGACAACGGUUACCAGACUCUGUAUAAACACAGUUACCAAGCAGGGGAGACUCUGCGCUUUUUCUGUUAUGAAGGCUAUGAGCUGAUUGGAGAGGUCGUCAUUAACUGUGUCCCAGGACACCCAUCUCAGUGGAACAGCCCACCACCUUUCUGCAAAGUGGCCUAUGAGGAGCUACUGGAAGACCACAAACUAGAAGUCUCCCAGUCAUUAGAGGCCUCCCAUCAGAUGUUGAGUGAGAACAUUGCAUUGGCCAUCAUCUUGCCAAUUAUUCUGGUCAUCCUUUUGAUUGGGGGAAUCUACAUGUACUACACUAACGUGUGUAGGUUGCAGUGGAAGCCAUUGUUUUGGAAGUCUCUCUCACACACACACUCCUACAGUCCUAUCACAGUGGAGUCUGAUUUUAACAACCCUCUGUAUGAAGCAGGGGACACAAGGGAGUAUGAAGUGUCCAUCUGAAGCUGUGGUCAUGUGAUGAGUUCAAAAUCGAGGAUGGAAAGAAAGAAGAAAAAUGAAGGGAUGGUAUUAAUUCUCUCUCCACAAGACACUUUCAUUCCUCUAACACGUACAGCUUUUGGUUUCUUUUUCACUCUAUUUUCAGUCUCUUUCUUGCUCUUUGCUGACGCAAUUAACAGUGUGUGUGUGAGUGUAUGUGUGUGUUUGUGUGUGUGUGUGUGUGUGUGUGUUUGUGAAGAGAAAAGAGAGAAUUGGAGAGCAAGUGUCAUCCAUGAGCUUAUGGUUUCUCACCACAGAUAUGCUUUCUAACAUUUGGUUUGGUGCCUUAGGGACUUAAAAGAAGACUAACGGAGAGACAUGGAGAGACAAAAUGGAAAAGGAAAACGAUUUGAGAGCGAGAGAGUAAAUUAGAGAGAAGGACGGAAAAGAGAGAGAGAAAUAGAGAGAGGAGAGAAAGAGAGAGAAUGUCAAUUUUUGACCAUGUAGGGAUGGGAUUUUACAAAAGACAGGAGCACACACAGACACGUACACAAACACACAUAAGAACAUAUGAACACACACACAUACACACACACACACACACACACAUACACAAAUCUUCUACUUAUCUUUGUCUGUACACACGCAAUUACACACAGAAUAUAUUGAAUGUAAAUAUUUUGAUUGAAUAUUAAGGCUUAUGUAUAAAAAUCUGAUCCAGUGCCAAAAUAUAACAUCCCAUAAUGUGACGUCACUUCAUGUUUCACGGGUUUCAUGGUCUUUCUUACAUUGACGAUGUAAUAAAUACCGAUAAUGCCAGCGUUUCAUAAUGUUCCUUGCUGUUUCUUAAGAAUCUCUUUCUGCUUAAUGUUGAAUGACUAUGGAUUUAAAAAAGGGGUGGAAUGUCUUCACGCUUAGGGCACGCAAUGAUUGUAUAUUUUACCGCUUCAGCUUAGGAUUCAUGAACAAUUAUACUUACUGUCAUUGUUUAUCAGAGUUGAUGUUGUUGCAUAUGCACUAUGUUGACAAAAAAUAUAUAUAUAUGUACUGUGAAGAAAAAAAAUAAUUCAGCUGCUUGCUGUGAUGCAGUAUCAAGACUGAGAUGCUUUUUAUAAUGUUAUUUUUCAAUUGAAUCAUGGUUCGUUGUUAAUAUUAUGCAGUGAGUUUUGUCUCUUCGACUGUGCCAUAUCCGGAGUCUAGCCGUGGAGGACUCUGUUGCAUUAAAGUAUUACUCAAUUGUUCAUAUUGUUUAUUAAUCAGCAUAAUAUACUGUCAUGAAGGCAUUAUUUAUUUGCUAAGAUUUAAGAAUAAAUAAAAGUCUCUGUUGGA